AUUCGAUAUCAAUAUGGAUCCAUAUACUGGAAUUCUAUCCACCCAUCUAUCUAUCUAUAUCUAUGUAUACCAAGCCAGCCAGCCGGUUGUUACAACCACACUACACUACUAUCUUAUAACCGUAGCCAACUCCCGUCUAUCCAGAAAAAGAAUAAAACAAACAAACAAACAGACAAGCAGGCAUCAUAGCUAUAUCUGUCUGCAUGUCUAGGUAGGUAGAUUACCCCGCGUGAAUGAAAAACCCCCACAAAACGCACAUAUAUCCUGCUCCAUACAUGCAUGCAUGCAUGUUGGU